AUUAACAUGAACUUUAACCCGCUCUAUCCAACAAUCUGUCAAGUUUAAACAGCGAAAGAGAUCGACGAACAUCGAGAAGAAAGAGAGAGUGAAAAUAGAGAAAAGAUAUGGCUGAUAGAUCCUUAAAGGUUGGAAUUGUGGGAUAUGGACAUUUAGGACAGUUUCUUGUUGAGAAGAUCCAAAGGGAAGGGCCUAAAGUGGGGCUGCAAUUAGCAUUCGUUUGGAACCGAAAUCCAGACAAACUUAAAGAUUCAUUGCCCGAAGAGCUCAUUCUACAUGACCUCUCAGAUUUCACAUGCAGAGUAACUGAUGUAAUAGUGGAGGUGUGUCAUCCACAGAUAGUUAAAGAGUUUGGGGUCAGAUUUCUGUCACACGCUCAUUUUCUGGUGGGCAGCCCUUCGGCCCUCUCCGACACCCAGCUUGAGCACGAGCUCCGCACUGCUGCAAAACAACAUGGAAAAACGCUUUAUGUGCCCAGUGGUGCAUUAUGGGGUGGCCAAGAUAUUCAAAAAAUGAACGACAGCGGAACAUUGCGGGCUCUUUCCAUCCGAAUGUCUAAACAUCCCUCUUGCUUUCGACUGACUGGUGGCCUGCUCUCUGAUUGGACGGAGGGAGAGGGGAGGCGGGUCUUGUACCACGGCUCAGUAGCAGAGCUCUGCCCCAUAGCCCCCAACAAUGUGAACACAAUGGCAGCUGCGGCCAUAGCCGCAUCAAAGUUGGGCUUCCAUGGGGUUACUGGAGAAAUCGUUUCAGACACUGCAUUAGCAGACUACCAUAUUGUGGAGGUUGAGGUAAUAGGUCCAGAUGGGUUCUCAGUGAAAACGGUAAGACGGAACCCCGCCAAACCGGGAGCUGUAACAGGAAAUGCCACAUACAAUUCCUUCUGGAGCAGCUUACUGGUCUGCAAGGGUCAUGGAGGGAGGGUAUAUCUGUGUUGACAACAGUCAGAAAGUGUACAAGUUAACCGAAGAAUAAC